AUGCCAUCUGUGUUAUUCCUCUGUACUCACAACUCGGCAAGAAGUCAAAUCGCAGAAGCUAUUCUACGACACUUGGAUACUACAGGAAAGUUUGAAGCUUAUAGUGCAGGAUCAGAAGAAACCUUUGUUAGACCGCUUGCCAUUAAAGUGAUGCAAGAAUGGAAUGUUGAUAUGUCCUCUCACACUUCAAAAACCUUGGAGCAGUUUCUUGAUCGCAAGAUUGAUUUUGUUGUUACUGUCUGUGAUUCUGCAAAUGAUACUUGUCCAAUCUUUCCUCGCGCCAUCAAGAAAUUACACUGGAGCUUCCCUGACCCAUCUAAAGCUGUUGGGACAGAGGAUGAACAAUUACAAGCUUACAGGACUCAUAGAUCGUCUGUCAAGAAAAGCGGUAUCAUUCGGUGCCCUAUAAUACCACUGAUGAGCACAAAGACUAGUGAAUUAAAGUUUAUAAAGCAAUGCUGUCCAUGUUCCAUGUAUGUGAAUACGACUGUAAUAUGA